GGCACCCAGACUAGUCUGUCAAGACAAUUCAGCGUGUCAGAAAAAAGCAGCCCAGUCGUUGUCAAUGACUCUGUCCUUCAUGAGAAUAUUCAGCCCAUGCCCGUCAAACCGCAUCCUCCCAUGAGCGGUCGUCCAGAGCCAUUCACUGCCACACAAUCCUCAUCGUUUUUGAGAGGCACAUCAAGUGGUAAGCGUAUUGAACAGCAGCAUAACAAUGCUUUCCGCGCGAAGCCGAAUACGCAUGCGAGAAUGCAAAGAUAUUCGACACAGUUUAACGAGUUGGACAUCACUCCGAAUAGGCCUGAAGAGAAGGCCCAAUGUCCCAUGGCAAACAAGGCUGAUGUGUCACGAGCUCUGCAAAGCCAUGCAGAUGAAUCCUGGUCUCCAUCCUCGUCCUCUUCCUCGUCCUCUUCCUCGUCCUCGCUGGUCUUUGACGAGAAGGAUACCAACAUUCUCGCCUAACCAAGGCCACGUCCCCUCGCCUUGUUGAAAUUCCCCUGUUAUUCAGCUUGUACAGAUGCCUUCAUGGCUGCUGCCUCUGUUCAGCACGCUUGAUCAAGCUCUAACUACGACAGCUUUCUUGGCAUGGCAUUCACCUCCAGUUUCAACAAAACAGUC